CAUCGAAACAGAAUCAAGAAAUUUUCUCGUAAACAAGUAUUGAAGAUUGUUGACUGGGAAACUAAACCAAAAUGCCUGAUAAGAAGAAAACUCACUUGUCUCAGUUGGAUGAUGAAAAAUCGGGCGUAACUCUGAUGAAUAGUGGUGCCAGCCUGGUUCAUGGAAAGGAUGACGAUUCCUCCGUGGGGACGUUCAGUAGCUCCAGUAGUAUGAGCGGAGAUGAGAACACUGAACGUGGAAACUGGACUGGACGCAUGGACUUUCUGCUCUCUUGUGUGGGCUAUGCUGUUGGUUUGGGAAACAUCUGGAGAUUCCCUUACCUGUGUUAUAGAAAUGGGGGAGGUAAGUUUUUCAAACAUAUUUCUUUUAGGGGAAAACAGCAAUUGCUAAUAUGUAGAAGGUGAUCAAAGGAGAGAAAU